UCGUAUUUUUGCAUUUAAUUUUAUAUUUGACAACUAUUAAGGACAAUUGGAUUCAAAGAUGGCUAGCACAUCUCGCGCUGCUAGAAGUCAGACUGUAAACCUAUCUCAGACAAGCGCGUCACAGCACGUGACUGAAGUAGACGACAAAGUGCGCGGCAUUUUGAACUACAUCCUGGAUCACUCGGCUGAAAAGAUUCCAAUCAAGGAAAAGGACUUACUCGCCACGGUUGGGGACAGAAAAGAAGUGGUACGCCGCCUACCGCUCGUCAUCAAUUUGCUGAGCACACGGUUUGGCAUAUUAUUCAAACCGAUCGAUGCCACCAGCAAGACGUUUAUUUGCACUGCGGAGACUCCGAUGGCUUCCAUUUAUGAACUGACACCCACCCAGAGACCUCAAUACACGCUUCUAUAUCUCACCCUUAUGUACAUCUUUAUGCGAGGAAACCGCAUCGAAGACACGAAGCUGUACGGGAUGCUGGAAAUGCUGAACAUCUGUGUCGAUAAAGAACAUGGAUACUUUGGUCCCAACAUUCGCAAGCUGAUCGAGGAGACUUUCAUUAGGCAGCAGUAUCUAAAGCGGGAGCGCUCCGUGCUGAGCGCCUACGACGAUUCUAAGAUCUACUUCCUCUGGGGAUUGCGGGCUAAAGCUGAGAUCACCUACGAACAAAUGGUUCAGUUUGCAUCGAAACUUUUCAACAUGAAUCCAAUUCAGUUUGAUGCUCAUCUAAAGAUGGCAACUGAUAUGGACGCUCCGAAGGAUUAACAAUAAAUUAAAUAAAUAAUGUUAAUAUUUUUUUUAUUU